CGGUUCCCAAGCCCGGAAGCGUCAUGAUGUCCUACUGUACCCUCAUGGCGGCGCUGGGGAGAUGAGAGUGUCCGAAUGAGGCGCAGUUCCCCCUCAAAUGGAAAGACACUCUCUGGCAACAAGCUGGCUACAGACGGUUCCUGCCAGGAUACCUCCACACCCCCCCUUCACUGCCGGCCUCUGAUGGUUCCAGCAGCCUGCCCUGUUUGACACAGUGAUUCCUACUGUGACUGGGAACAAUGGUGAAGUAUUUCUCAGGAUUUAAUAUCCUGAAGAACUCAUGGGACCAAGUAUCUGCUGCUUUUUGGCAGCGCUAUCCAAACCCUUACAGCAAACAUGUUUUAUCUGAAGACAUUCUAUACCGUGAGGUAACACCUGACCACAAGCUGCUGACCAGGAGACUUUUAACCAAGACCAAUCGAUUGCCGCGAUGGGCAGAGCGCAUUUUCCCAGCCAAUGUGGCCCACGCUGUGUAUGUCGUAGAAGAUUCCAUCAUAGAUCCUUUUAGCAAAACCAUGACCACAUAUACAUGGAACAUCAAUCAUGCCUCGAUCAUGUCUGUGGAGGAGCGCUGUGUAUACUGUGAAAAUUCUGAGAACAGUAACUGGACCGAGAUCAAGCGUGAAGCAUGGGUGUCCUCCAAAGUGUUUGGUUUGACCAGGGCUAUUCAGGAGUUUGGUCUCGCUCGUUUUAAAAGUAAUGUGACCAAGGCAAUGAAGGGCUUUGAAUUUAUUCUGGGAAAAAUGCAAGGUGAUGUGCCUCAUAGGACCCUUGUUGAAACAGCAAAAGAAGCAACAGAAAAGGCAAAGGAGACUGCACUGGCAGCAAAGGAGAAAGCCAAAGACUUGGCCAGCAAGGCAGCUACAACAAAGAAGCAGCAAUAUGUUUAAGGGUUUGUUGGCCAAGACCAUGGGCCACUCAGUUUCAGGCACCAGAAGCUGGCAAUACUGCUGGGUUCAUCUAUCACCUGAACCAAUGUCCAUCAAACUAGCAUCUUUUGAAAUCAUAUUUCUUUCCUCUAGUUCCUUUCAAAUCCAGAAAAAAAAAAAAUCUGAAAUGUGAAUACAAUGAAUCACAAAUUACUCUUUUCUAUGCUUUAAGUUAUGAUUAAAUAAUUAU